AUGACAACUGUAGCAGGUUUGAGAGAGUGCUAUGAGACAUUUGUGAGAGAGUUCAUAGUAAACAUUCCUAGAGAACGUGACAAUAUAAGCAACAAAGAGUACAUAAAAGUGUUUGUUAGAGGAAACUGUAUAGAAUUUUCACCUCAGAUAAUCAAUAGGUAUGUGGAAAGGAAUGUAAGUAAGCAGGUGGAAAUGGAGGUUAUUGAUAAUACUAUAUGCAUAAAAAUCUCAGCAGAAAGAGUGACGUAUUGGCCAAGGAAAAAGAAACUCUCAGUGAGUGAUCUAACUAUUAAGUAUGUUGUGUUGAAUAGAAUAGGAGUUGUCAACUGGGUUCCUAAAAAUGACACAUCCUUAAUAACUAUAAGAUUAGGAAAGUUCAUUUAUAUAGUUGGAACAAAAACCAAAGUUGAUUUUGGUAACUAUGUAUUUGAGCAGAUUGUCAAGCAUACACGUUCCUAUGGUGUGAAAAUGCCAAUUGCAUUUCCCACCAUCAUUUGUGGCAUAAUUAUGAACCAACAUCCUGGGAUCUUGAACAUUUUAGAUGAGUAA